CUUCCACCGCCUCCCUUAUCAAACCAUCGCCAUAGCGUGUGUUUGCGAGCAAGAGAGGGGGCGAGUAGACACCAUGUCGCCCGUGGUCGUGCUCUUCUUUCUCUUCCCAACCCUGCUAGUCCUCGCGGUAGCAGCUCUGAGCCUAAGGAACAAUGAGAACGGGAAGAAGAGAGGCCUCAACAUCCCACCGGGAAGCAUGGGAUGGCCCCUCCUUGGAGAGACCAUCGCCUUCCGCAGGCUCCAUCCGUGUACUUGUCUAGGAGAGUACAUGGAAGAACGCAUGCAGAAGUACGGGAAGAUCUACAAGUCCAACCUCUUCGGGGCGCCGACGAUUGUGUCGGCAGACGCAGAGCUGAACAGGUUCGUGCUGAUGAAUGAUGGGAGGCUGUUCGAGCCGAGCUGGCCGAAGAGCGUGUCGGAGAUCCUCGGCAAGACGUCGAUGCUGGUGCUCACCGGAGAGAUGCACCGCUACAUGAAGUCGCUCUCCGUCAACUUCAUGGGCAUCGCGAGGCUCCGAGCGCACUUCCUUGGGGACUCCGAGCUGUACAUCACGCAGAACCUAAGAACAUGGAGGGAGAAUACCCCCUUCCCUGCCAAAGAGGAGGCUUGCAAGGUAACAUUUAACCUUAUGGUGAAGAACAUACUAAGCAUGAGGCCUGGUGAGCCGGAGACGGAGCAGCUACGAAAGCUUUACAUGUCUUUCAUGAAAGGGGUGGUGGCAUUUCCUCUUAAUCUCCCUGGAACCGCUUACAGAAAGGCCACACAAGCACGCGCGACCAUUUUGAAAACGAUAGAGAAGUUGAUGGACGAGAGGAUCCAGAAGAAGAAAGAGGGAACGGAUGAGAUCGGAGAAAACGAUCUGCUAGGUUUUAUUUUAGAGCAAUCCAACCUUGACGCCGAGCAGUUUGGUGAUUUAUUGUUGGGAUUGCUCUUCGGCGGUCAUGAGACGUCAUCCACGGCUAUCACCUUGGCUAUCUACUUCCUCCAAGAUAGCCCCAGAGCGGUGGAGCAGCUACGGGAAGAGCACAUUCAGAUAGUGAACGCAAAGAAGCGAAGGGGGGAGCCUCCUGCUCUAACUUGGGAAGACUACAAGCAGAUGGAGUUCAGCCAAUGUGUUGUCAGCGAGACUCUACGGUUGGGCAACAUUAUCAAGUUCGUACAUAGGAAGGCAAACACGGACGUCCAGUUUAAAGGGUAUGACAUCCCAAGUGGGUGGAGCAUCAUUCCGGUCUUUGCAGCUGCACAUCUAGAUCCUUCUGUGUACGAAAAUCCUCAAAAGUUUGAUCCAUGGAGAUGGCAGACCAUCUCUACAAGCUCUGCGAGGAUUGACAAUUACAUGCCAUUUGGGCAAGGCCUGCGUAACUGUGCCGGGUUGGAGCUUGCGAAGAUGGAGAUUGCCGUGUUCCUUCACCAUCUUGUCCUUAAUUUUGAUUGGGAGCUGGCAGAGCCCGAUCAGCCUCUUGCUUACGCCUUCCCUGAGUUCCAGAAAGGCCUUCCUAUCAAGGUCCGCAGGAUCUCCCUCAUCGAGUAAAAGAAGGAGAGGGCGUGUUUCUAUGAAUCACGAGGCUUGUGUGCUCCUUUCCUUGGUGGCCAAUGUUGUAGGUGGGAUGUUUAAUGCGAAUAAAAAGUUGUCGCACGAGAGUACGUAAUUUCUGCAUGUGGUCUUGCAUGUAUGGUGUAUAAGCUGUAAGCAUCGAGCUAGCUUGGAUUUGUUAAGGAAAUAUCUUGGUUGCCUGCAUGUAAUAUUGGUGCAGUAAUUCGUACGUUCAAGGAACGCAACAAUAAAGCAUCAAGUUCCUACA